AUGUUCCACCAGCUUAGUGGAUAUCCAAACGUAUCAACUCUCGGUGCUACAUUUCGACGUGGCACUGGUGGCCAUGUUGUCAAUGCUUCCAAUGUAGGCGAUGUGACCCAGUCAAACUUCUCAGCAGCAGCUAUUAUCAGCAAUGAAGCUUUAAAUGGUGCUACAUCUCUCAAUAUGCUCAUUAUCGAUAAACCUACAACAUAUGAAAAUAUAGUUAAUUCAACGAAUAAAACUCUUGCAUCGUCAGUUAUUGUCAUGUCAAUCCGAAGAGAUAGUUCUGCAUCUGUGCCGAUGAAUAUUUCUCUUUAUUUUCAAGUUUUAGAAGAAUAUCGACCAAAUAUAAGAGCAGAUUACUUUUGUUCAUUUUAUGAUACAACUCAGUCGAAAUGGAAUGAAUCCGGUUGUACAAAACCUCGACAUAAUCCAACAUUUGAUCGAUAUGAAUGCAGUUGUAAUCAUUUAACUUCUUUUGCUCUUAUUUGGUUACCAAAACUACCUAUUACACGUCAUCUCAAUGCACAAGACAUUGCAUCUCUUAUAUUUCAAUCAAUAUCAAUUUGUUGCUUUUUAGCCAUCAUGAUUCAUGCUGUUCUUAUACGAAUUCGAGAUUCAAAAAUGAGCUUACAAACAUAUGAUUUACCACCAUUAAUCUCAUGUGGAAUAACAAUGAUUCUGUUUGUUUUUUACAUUGCUCUAGCAAUGACAGUUUAUACGAAAGAAACAUAUGAUGAUGAAAAACAAUGUUUUCUAAGUUCAAGUGUAUUGAUGUUUUUUGUUUAUUUCUUUUUAAUUUUCAUGUUUUGUGUCAAAACAAGUGUGGCAUAUUUUAAUUAUCUACGAUUUGUUCAUUUAUUUCCUCAACCAUCAUAUCGACGAUUGUUUAUAAUGCUUGUCAUUUCAUUUUUGAUUUCCAUUACAUGGGUAGCUUUUGCAGCUGGAUUUAAUUCUAAUUCAUUAUUUCAUAUUACUCAACUAUAUCCAUAUAAACUGUGUUGGUUUACUCGAGAUGUUAUUUAUUAUUUUCUAACGAUACCUGUUUGUCUAUUUCUUUUAAUCAAUAUAGUUAUAUUUAUUUUUGUAGCUUAUCAUGUACUAAAUCAUAUUCGAAAUUCAACAUCACCUCAUCAUUCAUAUGACAGAAUGAAACAAUGUGUACUCUUUUUACUUUUAUCAUGUGCAACUCAAGGUAUUGGUUGGCUUCUUGGUCCAUUUUUGACAAUUGCUACUCCAGACGCCGCCAAUGUUUUAGGAUGGUUUUUUAUUAUUUUUAAUGGACUAGAAGGUCUAUGGGUAAUAUUUAUCUAUUUAGUCGUUCGAUUACAACGAAUCGAUGAACAGAAACGUCUAAUAGCUGUGAGCGAAUUAAAGAAAACACAGAGAUCAAAAUCAGCAUCUCAUAAAUACAGAAAAUCUUUUGAAGAAGAUAAUGAAUGGGAUAAUUAUGGCAUAACAAGAGAAACUGAAAUUAAAUAUCGAAACACUAGAAAUUAA